AUGUCGUCGGAUUUACACUUACAAGGCCGUAAAGUGUUCAAGGUCUUCAACCAGGAGUUCAUCGUUGACGAGCGAUACAAUGUGACCAAGGAGUUGGGUCAGGGUGCCUACGGUAUAGUUUGUGCCGCAGUCAACACGCAAACCAACGAAGGCGUUGCCAUCAAAAAGGUCACAAAUGUAUUCAGCAAGAAGAUUCUCGCCAAGCGCGCUCUGAGAGAGAUUAAGCUGUUGCAGCACUUCCGAGGUCAUCGUAAUAUCACAUGUCUGUAUGACAUGGACAUUCCUCGACCAGACAAUUUCAACGAGACAUACCUUUAUGAGGAGUUGAUGGAGUGUGACCUCGCGGCCAUCAUUCGCUCAGGCCAGCCGCUGACGGAUGCUCAUUUCCAGUCCUUUAUCUAUCAGAUUCUAUGUGGUUUGAAAUAUAUUCACUCCGCCAAUGUCCUGCACCGAGAUUUGAAGCCGGGUAAUCUCCUCGUCAAUGCCGAUUGUGAACUCAAGAUUUGUGAUUUCGGACUUGCUAGAGGCUUCUCCAUGGAUCCGGAGGAAAAUGCUGGAUACAUGACGGAAUAUGUUGCAACCAGAUGGUACCGUGCUCCCGAGAUUAUGCUGAGCUUCCAGAACUACACCAAAGCAAUUGACGUUUGGUCGGUUGGCUGCAUUCUGGCCGAGUUGCUUGGAGGCCGUCCGUUUUUCAAGGGUCGCGACUACGUUGAUCAGCUCAACCAGAUUCUUCACUAUCUUGGAACUCCCGCCGAAGAGACGUUGUCUCGUAUAGGGUCUCCCCGUGCGCAGGAGUACGUCCGCAACCUGCCGUACAUGCCUAAAAUCCCCUUCCAGCGUCUUUUCCCUAACGCGAACCCUGAUGCCCUUGACCUUCUUGACCGCAUGCUCGCUUUCGAUCCAUCCCAGCGUAUAUCAGUCGAGGAAGCUCUUGAGCAUCGCUAUCUGCACAUCUGGCACGACGCCUCGGACGAGCCUGUGUGUCCCACGACUUUCGACUUCCAAUUCGAAGCGGUGGAUGAUGUCCAAGAGAUGCGCAAGAUGAUUAUGGAUGAGGUGGUCCGGUUCCGUGCGCUUGUCAGGCAGCAGUCGCAGGCCGCUGUUGCCGGUCAACAGCAGCAGCAACUGGGCCAGCAGAACAAUGUGCCAAUUCCCGAAAACAGUAAUGGUGCUUGGAAGCAAGACGAACCCCGGCCUCAGGAGGCGAUCGCCGCGGGCGGCCACCCGAACGACCUUGAAGCAUCGCUGCAGCGAGGAAUGGACGUACACUAA